GUGCUGGCGCGAGAGUACCGAUUGAUCGCGUUGCACCGCGAGACCAAGCAGUACUCAUUUGGAGACUGGAGAUACCAAAAUGCCAUACUCUCCGGCUCUUCAGUCGAUUCGCUCCUUCUCCACACGCCCUGUGGGGCAGCCAAGGCUUCGGCCACCGUCCACCGGGCAGAAACCGGUGUCUCGGGGGUGCGUCCAGAACGCCAGCUGGUCGAUGGCUGUAGCGAUGGUGGUGGUGGCGGCACGGGAGGGUUGGUCGAGCACCAGCUGUUUACAAAUACGCGGCCACAGGUGGCGGACAGCAAAUGCGAGCCCAUGUCUGGUGUCAGGCGGAAGAGCCGUCACCAUCGCUCGACUGUAAUCGCCCUACUCCUUCUCUCCUCCUCGUCUCCUCCUCCCAUGCGCCGACGUGGGGAUGGCCGGCCCAACUGCUCAGCCAGUCUUUGCCAGCCAUGCCUGGGUCCUUUCGCUACAGCACAUGUGCCCAUGCGCCCAUUGCGUCUACGAGUCUAUUUGUGCUGUACAUGCAGACGACCUAUAUGCGUUUGUGUCACUUUGACUCUGCGGCCAGAAGACCGAUUGUGGGCUCGGCUCGACCACACCAAUUGA